AUGGAUAAGAGCACCAAGAUUGUAACUUGUGUUGCUGCUGCAUACAUGCUAUUAUCGAUGAUGGCCAUGAUUAUUCAGUCUAGAAAACGUAAACGAUGCACAAGAAGGGUUGGUAUUACCUAUGGGCCUAUGAAGUUGAGUGGUGCACUCUUUGAUGAAGAAAAUUGUAUGAUUACACUAGAUGAGGAGCACUACAAUGGCCAUGUCCAUGAUCACAAGGCUGAUGCUGAGUUCUUGAACAAGCCCCUCUUGCACUACAAAGAGAUGGAGGCAAUAUUUGGCAAUACCAUGGUUACUGGAAACUUUGCAAAAGACUCAAGUGCACCUCUAGAUAGAGAGGAUGAUGAGGUUGAAAGUCAAGAAGAGGGGGAUGAGGUUACAGGGCAUGGUCCAAGUGAUGGGUCUACCACUCAAGGGGCAACAUCUUCUGCUAGUAGACCAAGUAAGAAGGCCAAGGUAGCUGAAAUGGAGGAGGAUGGGCUGGUUGCCGCUUUCAAAUGUGUAGGUGACAACCUUGCCGCUGCUAUAAAAAUGGUUGCUAAAUCUGAUAAUGACCUGUCAGCUGACCUAUUUGACAUGUUGAACCAAUUUUCUGGUUUUAAUUCAACACACAUAUCUUUCUACUAUGCUCAUUUGGUGGAAAAUCCUCACAUUGGUAGAGCUUUCUAUACACUGCCAUUUGACCACAAGUUAAACUGGGUCACAAAAUUCAUCGCUGAGAAGUUCCCUGGAAUGUAA